ACUGUCUCCUUUAAAGAAAGAAUGGCUAUGUACAAGGCUGCUGUGUCCUUUGCCCAUAGUUCACAGAAGACCAAGUUCUGUACUGUGCCUGGUGGCUUGGCAGCAGUGAGGAAACAAUUUGAGAAAGUGCAAAGGAUGUCUCCAAAAAAAACCUUUGUUCAGUACCAGCACCAGAGAUCUCUACAGGCAGCAGUCAUCACUCUUAGCUCUCUGCAUUGUACUGAAGAUUGGUUCCUUGUAAUAGGUGCCAUAAUACCAGUAGAGCUCAAUAAACUCGUGUCCAGAAUGGAAACAUCAAGUAGUAGGCACCACACAGUAUCAACUAGCACCAGGGAAGCUGAGUGCAAUGAAAUGACCUCCAAGGAAAGUCAAACAGAAGCCUCUCAAACACAAGAGGUUUCUCCUCACGAGCAAUUUACUCAUGAAACGAAAAUGGCAUCUACAUUCACUCAGCAUGACACAGUAAGCAAUUCAACUCAGAAUGAAGAGCUCUCAAAAACUGUAACACAGAUUUUAAAACAGCAGAUUGAAAAGGCAGCUCAGGAAAAGGCUGACAGAGAGAUCACAACACCGGCUAAAGAAGUAAAGAAACUGCAGAUUCAGGAAAAUGAAACCUGCAAACUCUGUCAACAGAGAGUUUAUCCCAUGGAAUGUCUAGUUGCCGAUAAGCAGAAUUUUCAUAAAUCGUGUUUCCGAUGUCACCACUGCGGCAGUCAAUUAAGCUUGGGAAAUUAUGCGUCUCUACAUGGAAAAAUAUACUGUAAACCCCAUUUUAAGCAACUUUUCAAAUCAAAAGGAAAUUAUGAUGAAGGUUUUGGACACAAGCAGCAUAAGGAAUUAUGGAAUUCUAAAGAUCAACUUAGUUCAAUUAAGAAAACUCAAGCUGAAGAAACAAAUCCCAUUAACACUGUACCUGUUGAUCCUAAACCAAUUACAGAAGUUGCUAAAGACUUGUACUCAAGUACUGAAGGUGCUUGUCCUGAUAUUUUGGAUAAUAAUUUGAAAAAAUCCACAGAAAGAGGUAAAUUAAAAAUGACAUGGCCUCCUUCAAAAGAUGAUGCAACAUCUAAGAAAACAUUUUCUAUUGAAGAAUCAGCUAAAAUAAGUAAGUCAAAGUGGCCCCCAAAUGGUUUUGCUCAAGAAGAUUCUAGUUUAUACACAAAUAAACCUCUGGGCAACAAAAAGGAAUCUCAGAAAAAUCCCGCUGUGAUGGAGCAAAAUGAAAACAACAACAAAAAUUCACAACAAAAUCAACACUCAUCCUUUUGCUCUCUGUCUGAAAAAGAAGGUACAAAUACUUGUAAAGCAAAGAAAAAUGAAGCAGGCAAUAAGGGAAAGGAUGAGGAAGUUGGGAAUGUGCAAGAUAAGGUGAAUAAACUAGAAGCAUCAGAGAAAAAGGUGCAAAGUGGAAAGGAUAUUAAUGAGGGUGACAAUGUAAUUGUGGAUAGUACUGGUAAGAAGCAAGAGAAACAAAUUAAUGAAACUGGUAAUUCAGAAGUUGUUCAGGUUACUAACAUUGAUGAUGUAAUGGUACAAAAGAAUCACAAAGAAUGCAGCUUCAAUAACAACAACAAUAAUAAUUAUGCCACCUUUUCUCAUCGAAAUAUUUGUACACAGAAAACAACUCUCUCAGCUAUGUCUACCCCAAACACAGCAUUAAACCAUGCUAUUUGCACUGAAUCACAGCACACCUUUGCAAAGCUGGACAGUCAGUCUGGAAAUGAAGAAAUAUACGAGAUGUACAAAUCUCAUGAGAGCUAUUCUGGAGAUACUGUACUUGCACAGGAUGAACAGAACUCAAAAGAUGAAGAUGCUGUUACUUCCAAGAGUCUUGCUCAAUUUAAUAAUGAUGCCACUUGUCAGAAGUCUUGUACUAGCAGCAUGUUAGUUUUGAAGAAGGCAACUAACACAACAUUGUCUGUUGAUACUGAGUUUUUAUGCACUGGAGAAGAAUCAGAAUAUGACAAAAAAGACAAAAAGCUGAAUACUAUUUUAUCUGACACUCUGAAGAUCACUUUUCUUAAAAAAGACAAGCUGGUUUCAAAAUGUGGUCUGAUAGACUCUGUAGGUCUCCAGACUUGCAUUUUUUACGUGCCCGCAGUGAGCCGUUCAUCACCUUGGGCCUCCAGUACCAAGCCCAUGCCCCUUUCCACAGCGCCUUAUACCAAUAAUCCCCUACGGGUCAUCCUCGAUCUUGACUUCUCCAGGGCCUGUGGUACCCUACCAGACCCCUACACCUCUCCGGUACAUCACUGUGGUUAG